AUGGAGAAGAUGGAUAGCCAACAUGAGCACAUUGAGGGUGCAAAUGCUAGUCCGCAAGAGAUGGAGUCUGCAAAGUGUGAUUUCUACAUUGAAGACCGGGUCGCUCAUCUAUCCGAGGAACAUCGCCAGUAUCUUCUUGCGAAGCAUGGAACACUGGAUCUAGAACCUAUUCCUGAUAUGACCGAUGCCGAUCCAUACAAUUGGCCGCGAUGGAGGAAAAACUUGAACCUAACCCUAGUGGCCUUCCACGCCAUGAUGGGCACAUUCACCGCGUCGUCAAUCCAAUCUGCAUUCGAAAAUAUCUCCGAAGACCUUGAUAUCAGUAUGCAGCGAACCAGUUACCUCGUCUCUCUCUUCAUCGCCGUGCUAGGUGGUGCUCCUCUCUUCUGGCGCCCGCUGUGUAAUCGCUAUGGUCGCCGCCCUAUCUUUCUGAUCUCGUUGAUCUGUAGCUUGAUUGGAAAUAUUGGCUGUGCAAAGAGUCCUUCCUAUGCAACCAUGGCUCUCUGCCGUGCUAUUACUGCCUUCUUUAUCAGCCCUGCUGCUGCUAUUGGUAGCGCCGUGGUUGCGGAGACUUUCUUUCAGAAAGAUCGUGCUCGGUGCAUGGGUGGAUGGACGCUGAUGGUUACUCUGGGAGUCCCUGCUGCUCCGUUUAUCUUUGGAUUCGUUGCUUUGCGUGUGGGUUAUCGCUGGAUUUACUAUGUCCUGGCAAUUGUCAAUGCAAUCCAAUUCGUUACCUACUUCUUAUUCGGAUCAGAAUCCCUCUACAUCCGCAGCAAUGUCCCCUCCAAUAACGUCAUCGCCAAACCGAGUCUAUUCAGAUUUACCCGUAUUGACCCUGCACCACUGAAACUCUGGGACUUUUUCCAGCCCCUGAGCUACGUAAUAAAACCAUGCGUGAUAAUCCCAGCUGCCGCCUACGCAAUGGUCUUCCUCUGGGGCAGUAUCGCGCUCACAAUUGAGAUCUCUCAGGUUUACCCUUCCAAGUUCGGCCUGAACACGCAGCAGGUCGGUCUACAAUUUCUCGCUAUUAUCAUCGGAUCUGUCAUUGGUGAACAGGUCGGCGGGUUUAUCUCCGAUCGCUGGAUGCUUCUGCGACAGAAGCGGACGGGAGAACCAUCUCCGCCGGAAUACCGUCUUUGGCUGAGUUAUAUUGGCCAUGCUUUGACGAUCUGCGGUAUCGUGGUUUUUGCCGUCGAGAUCCGGGAUUCUGGGGGUGCAUGGAAUAUCGCUCCAGUUAUUGGCGCUGCCAUUGCCGCUGGUGGUAACCAGAUUGUCACUACGGUUGACAUUACUUAUGCGGUUGAUUGUUACCGUGAAGAUGCUGCCAGCGUGGGUGUUUUUAUUACCUUUGUUCGGCAGAUCUGGGGUUUCAUUGGUCCUUUCUGGUUCCCUGAGAUGUUUGAGGUUGUUGGUUGGGCUGGUGGUGCUGGUAUUGCCGUUGCUCUCAUGGUUGGUGUCAGUGUAAUUCCGACUAUCUUGGUGCAGUGGCGAGGAGCUACCUGGCGUUGA